UCAAAUAAGCUCGCAGUUUACAACUCUGUGUGCAUAUUUAUCAUCUCCGCUAAGUUUUUGUUAGCAGAAUUGUGAGAACGUAAAAGUGAAAGUGCCAACGAAACCGAUGUCACUAAUAAAAAAAGGACAGUCUGCCAUAAUAAGGAAGACAGUAUUGAGAAGUGAUUACAAAAGUGAAAAUUCACGAAAAAUAUUUAUGAGAUAAUUUUUUAUAAAAUACAUAUUAGUUAAUAGUUAGAAGAAAAGUACAAUAGCAAAAAUGGUGAGGAAGCUAGGAUUAGCAAUUUUUAGCAAACGUUAUCGCAUGCAGAUUUUGGUAACACUAGCAGCUCACAUAAUGACGCUUUCCCAUGGCAUUGGACUUGGCUGGCUCUCCCCAACACUCUUAAUAUUGCAGUCCCCACGAAGCCCUUUGGAAUUCAAAGUUGCCGUUGAAGAUGUGUCCUGGAUUGGUUCGAUUUUCGGUUUGGGUUCACUUAGCAGUAACAUAUUCUUUGGCCUCUUGGCGGAUCGCAUCGCAAGGAAGACAAACAUGUACCUUUUGGCGAUACCACAUAUGCUGUUUUGGAUCCUAAACUAUUUCGCACAGAGUGUCGGGUAUUUCUACGCAUCGCGUUUCUUUGCGGGGCUAACCUGCGGCGGACUCUAUGUCAUUGGGCCUGUGUUUAUUAGUGAGAUUUCAGCUAAAGAGAUACGCGGCGCACUCACUUCGUUGGCAAUGAUGUUCUACAGUUGCGGCAUUCUAAUUGGCUUCAUACUGCCCUCUUACCUCGAUUAUCAUCUUAUACCAUGCAUCGUCAUUUUCCUAUCCAUAAUAUACUUUGCUGUAUUGUCGCUUUUUCCGGAUACGCCCGGGAGUCUCUUGCAACAAGGUCAGCUGGAAGAAGCAGAGAAAUCUUUCAAUUUCUACAAUAACAUUGAUAGAAAGGGUGCUAUAAGGGAAUUGUGCGUCAAUGAGCUGCAAACAUCGACAGCGAGAAGUGAUUUUGAGGAGCUCAAGGCGUCGAAAUUAAAAGGAGGAAAAGCCACGUCCAUCACUUUGCAAGACUUUUUCAACAAGUCGGCUUUAAAGAAAUUUGCGAUCGCCUUUGUACUCUGCUUACAAAAUCAAUUUUCGAGCAGUUUCGCAUUCGUAAAUUAUAUGUCGCAUAUAUUUGCUGAAUCCGGUUCGACAUUAAAUCCACAGGACUGUACGAUCUUUGUGGGUGUGGUGCAGAUAUUGUGCACACUAUUGGCUUCCAUUUUGGUUGAAAAAUUUGGUCGUAAAACACUAAUGUUGGCCUCGACCGCUGGCAUGGCGCUUGGCAUGUUCGGCUUUGGUGCAUUCGUACAAUUCACCGAUGGUGCAACAAAAGCCGAAUACAAUUGGGUUCCACUGGUGGCGGUUGCUUUUGUCACCGCAACAGCCUCUUUUGGCGUAAUCUCGCUAACCUUUACGAUAAUUGUGGAAAUACUGCCGGCAAAGAUUCGUGCUCAGGCUCAGUCGAUUGCAAUGAUGUUUUGCAGCAUUAUGGUCUUCAUCACGCUGAAGUUGUAUCCAUAUUUUCUCUUCAAUCUGGGCAUAUCGAUCACAAUGUAUUCGUGCGCCAGCUCAUGUGUGAUCACCGGUAUUUACUUGCUCAUAUUUCUGCCAGAAACGAAGGGCAAAUCAAUGGCGAACGAUUGAGAAACUAAUUACAUAAGUUAUUAAUUAAUUAUUUGUUACGGAAGUUUGUGGAAUACGAAAUAGGGAUAUUUAAUAUUUAAAUACAAAUAGCUUAGUAGCUUUGGGUGAAAAAUCGGCAUCAUAUAGUUAGACCACGAAAAAGCAUCGCGUGCUUUAUAACCAACAACUAAUAUUAAUAAUUUGAAAUAACCGAAAUGAAGGUGAAAUUGACGGUGAUAUGGUCGAAUGCUGGACUACAGUCAACCGAAUAUGUGUGAGAGGGAAAGCGUGCGUUUGCUUCCAAAAAAGCAUGUUCUACUGAUUAAGCGCCCAGCAGUUUUGCCAAAAAUAAUAAGUAGAACGGCGAUAAGAAAACCGGCAAUUUGCAGAUUAUUUCUAAGUAUAAAGUCGAUUUACACACAGAGAGUAUAAAAAUAAACUUUCAAAUAAUAACUGCAGCAACUCAGCAAGUUCUCCCUAAAAGAUGGCUUAUGGCCUAAAUAAAAUGCUCAUUAAUUUGUUUUUAAAUUUGCCUUAGAUAAAAUAAAGGAGAACAAAAGCACUCUAAACUGAUGCUGCUCGUUUUAUUACUGUUGGUUUGGGUGCUAACACGCUUCUAGUUUCGGAAAAGAUUCCGAGAGAAAACAUAUGAUAAACCAAGGUUGACAAAAAACAUUCUGUCUUGUAACUAUGUAUGUUAGUUGCAACUUAGCUUAUAGGUACAUACAUAUAUACUGUUACAAAAGUAGUAUUAAGUUAUAUUUGUAUUACUAUAUGCAUCCCUGAUUAUGAACAAUAGCUGUAGGUAUAUGGAAUAGCAUUUGUCUUGUUGUAGACAUCUGGCGCCACGGCUGUCUGCUUGUCGAAGCAAUAGCUACAUCUGGCGCCGUAUAGCAGUAUGUUCUGGUGGUUUCUAGACGCAAUAUUCUAGACACAUCGGCAUCUAGCGACAUCUUUCGCCGUAUAGCAGUAUGUUCUGGUGGUUUCUAGACGCAAUAUUCUAGAAGGACACAUCGGCAUCUAGCGAGAAGUGCGUGGCUAUAUAAGCCGUGGCAGCGCCAACGUAAUCAAUCAGUGCUAAGAGUAAACUGCUAUAGUGUAGACGAGUUGUGAAAUAAAGAGUUGUUGAAUUAAAUUAAA